GCACUGACUGGCGGAACUGACUGGCACAACCCCUGGGCACUGACUGGUGGCACUGACUGGCAGCACUGCUGGGCUGCACUGGUGGGUGGCACUGGUGGGCACAGGUGGUGGCACUUCUGGGCACAGGUAGGUGGCACUGCAGAGUGGCACAGGUGGGUGCACUGCUGGGCACAGGUGGGUGCACUGCAGGGCACAGGUGGGUGCACUGCUGGGCACAGGUGGGUGCACUGCUGGGCACAGGUGGGUGCACUGCUGGGCACGGGUGGGCGGAGCUAGUGGGCGCACUGCUGGGCGGAACUUGCGGGUGGCACUGCUGG